AUGAUUUUGUCGAAACGAUGGCGUUUUCUCUGGACGAUGUUGCCUAAACUCGAGUACACAGAAAGCAACGAAGGCGGAAAGAGUAUUUGGGACUUGCUAGAAAAGUCAUUGCAACUACACAAGGCACCUUCAGUAGAAAGCUUGCGUAUCAUGCUUGGUCCACAAUGUCCUGUUGAUGUAGAUGUCGGAAAGUGGGUCUCGAAUGCAGUUGACCGGUACGUUAGAGAGCUAACCCUAAGUCUUAGUUUUCUCUCAGAUCCUGCCAGUAAGAGGCUUUACACCAGCAAAACGCUUGUGAAAUUGAAUCUUAUGGGCAAGAUUCUUGUUGAUGUUCCUUCCGCGGCUUGCCUCCCGUCCCUUCAAUCGCUGCUCCUUGUCAAUGUGGUGUAUAAAGACCAAGAUUCUCAUGUUAGGCUUUUAUUGAGUUGCCCUGUUCUCAGAUAUUUGUUGGUGAUCCGAAAUAAGAGUGACAAUGUGACAAGGUUCAUUGAUUCGCAAUCACUUGAAAAAAAUGGUUCUGGUAGGUCAUUGGUUAUAGAUUCCCCGGGAUUAAAUUACCUUAGCAUCAUUGACUCUUUAGGAGGCAAUUUCUCCAUCCAGAAUAUGCCAUGCCUUGAAAAGGCCAUCGUUUCCCUCUGUGGUUUUUACCCGAAUGACAAGUUUCUGACAUCUUUCUCCUCUGUCAAAAUUCUUCCUUCUCAGCCUUUUAUUGAUCAUGUUCCACUUUCUUGGAACCAACCAAGUUCUGUACCGCGAUGCGUGUUGUCUCACCUUGAGAUCUUGGAGUGGAAACUCUUUGAAGGAAGGAGAGAAGAGAAACAACUUCUGGCUUACAUCCUCGAAAACUCUGAAGUCUUUGAAGACGGUGGAAAUCUCACUGAUACCUUUCACGAAUGUUGAAGAGAAAAAGAAGAUAAGGGAAGAGUUAGAGUCUAUGUAUAGGGUUUCAGCAUCAUCGCAGCUUCUGCUCAAUAUGCGAUAUAUGUAGAAAUUGAAAAAUGAGCACUAUUCAGCCGGAAGAAGAUCCACUACGUUCCUUGUAAAGAUUCAUCAUAUUAUCAUGUCUGGUCCAACCUCAAAAUCCAUUUCUUAGAUGAUAAUAAUAUUCUUCUUGGAAGGACGGCUAGCUAGCUGCUUGAUGGUAAUUAAUAUUCUCCUUCUCUAUCUCGCUAAUUUGCUAGCUUACUAAUUGUUUUCAUGGUAUUUUGCCAAUUCUUCAUUUUACGAUUCUUAUGAUAUGCAGACGAUUGAUGGUCUGUCUUUUCAUAAAUAGAUGCACAUCUUCUAAGCAAGCAAAUAUGUUUUGACUUUUGAGAUAAAGAAUAUCAAAUGACUUUGUUUUUGGUAUCUUUACAAGGAAUGGAUCAAUAAUCAGAGAGUUAAUAACUUUUUCAUUGUUGUUAAACCAAAAGAUGAUGAUAU